AUGAAGCGCUCACGAGAGAUCGAGGAAGAGCUAGAUUCCAAUUCCGAAUGCACACAAGCGGAACCGUCCCUAAGACCAGUAUAUAAGGUUACCCAACUCGACUCCGCCAUCGACGACGACGAAGAGGAUACAGUAGCUAUGAGAUGCAACUUGCCUCCCCACGGGGAGCCUCUAUCCUUCAGAUCAUACGAUGAAUACGAGGUGCACUACAACAAGUCUCAUACUAACCGGUGCCUCGAAUGCCGCAAGAACUUCCCCAGCGAACAUCUCCUCAAUGUUCAUAUCGAGGAAUACCAUGACCCCCUAGUAUCCGUUAAGAGGGAGCAGGGCCAGCAUACUUACUCAUGUUUUGUUGAAGGGUGUGAACGCAAGUGCAUGACACAUCAGAAGCGGCGUAUGCAUCUCAUUGAUAAGCAUAUGUACCCCAAGAAUUUCUUCUUCGCAGUCACCAAAGACGGCAUUGAUGGCAGGCGGUCUCUGUUGAACGACGGCAGCCACCAUCGCCGUCGGUCUUCAACCAACUCCCAAGCUAUCAAGAGCUCUCGACGACGAGCUAGUCUCAAGGAAGGAGAGAGUACCUCUCCCCAGCAGGAACCCAAGUCACCACAACAACAGUCACCGAGAUCGCCCAAAUCACCGACAUUGCAGAAGACGGAAGCAAAGAAGGGCAGCAACAAGCCUACAGACACUGAGAUGGCAGACCUCACAGGUGCGAUGUCAUCGCUUUCCUUUGUCCCACCAAGCGUCCGCUUUGGACGAGGAAGAGCUGGCUUUUCCAAGACAUAG